AUGCAGAGCACCCUACCAGCGACCAUGUCGCUAAACCGAGCAGCUCUAGAUGAAUUUGUUCAUCAGCGAGUGUCUUGUGAGAUGAUCUCAUAUCUUGCUCAACAAGCUUCACAGGUCAUCAGGUGUGAGGCCCAUGUGAUCAACGCAGUCAGCCAACAUGGUCAACCAACUCCCCCGGCCACCCCUCCUAUGGACCCAGAAGACAACCUUCCCGCCCUGCCUUCAACAGAAGCUUUUAUUGCAUCCCUGGUCGCUCGCUCUCAGGUUCAGGUGCCCACUCUCAUGAGUUCCCUCGUGUACCUCGGCCGUCUCCGUGCCCGUCUCCCUCCCGUCGCCAAGGGCAUGCGAUGCACUGUGCACCGGAUCUUCCUCGCCUCUUUGAUCCUCGCUGCAAAGAACCUAAAUGACUCGAGUCCCAAGAACAAGCACUGGGCACGGUAUACAUCGGUGAAGGGAUUUGAGGGUUUUGGUUUCUCACUUCCUGAGGUGAACUUGAUGGAACGUCAGCUGCUGUUCCUGCUGGAUUGGGAUACCCGCGUGACCGAGGAGGAUCUGCUCACCUACCUGGAGCCUUUCCUUGCACCUAUUCGCGAACGUCUUGAAAUUCAACAACGCCAACAGGAAGCCGAGGAGGAGCACAAGCGCAAGCAACAGGCGCAUCGGGAAUGGUAUGCGCGUCGUCUGCAUGCUUCGGCGGAUCUGCUGGCCAGCCGCCUGCGUCGUCAGAAACUGGAAGCUCGAGUAGAUGGUCGUCGGGUCGCGGAUCACUCUCUUCGCCGCCUCCCAACUCAUGCCUCUUGUCCCAGUAUGCACAACAAUCAAUCUCCCCAAGCCCUUGCGGAGACCGAUCGUUACAACCCUUACAACCGCCACCGCACAUCUCCACACCGACCCACUCGCUCUAUUUCACCUCCAUCCAUUCGGGACGUUCCAGGUCUUUCCCACGCCGAGACAUUCAACUCCCUCUGCUCUCGCUCAUCUAGCAUUGCUCCAAGCUCCCGAGGCACCCCAGGUAGCCUCAGCACUGUAUCAUCUCACAGCAACGAUGAGGUCAUGGUGAAUGACCCCAACUCCAGUCCUUCAGUGUCUUUGACAUACAGCUACGUCAACGUCGCAGCAUUGGACACCAAGCAACAUUUCGAGCCAAUCCGCCAACCAAGCAAGAAGAUGAAGGUGCACGGUCACUCAGGUGGUGGCUUUGUCGCUCGAUUCCUUGCCUCGGCAACCGGUUCCUACAUGGGUGGACGUAUUGGUCGGCCUCACUAG